GGGCUUUGCCUAGCCUGGGAGGAUGGGGCUGAAACUGAUCAGAGCUGGUCCAUUUCAGACAGCUCAGCAGGGCUGUGAUAAAUAAGGGGGGGGGGGGGAAGCCCACUCCCCUUCCUCUCCACCACCUCCCCCCUCCUCAAACGGGCAGGCGUCUCCAAUUCACACAAAUCCUUUCCCCCUAACGACGAGUUCCUCCAAGCCGGGAAGGAGGGAGUAGAGACCCCACCACACAGCUCCACCAGCCCCAGCCCCAGCGCACCGUCGCCCCCGCUUCCCUCUUUCCCAAUCUCCCAGCUCGACCGCGGACGUCUUCCCUAGCCACUCCAACCCCGGCUGCCGGGGCCGGUGGCCCAGGGAAAGACGGGUUUGCAAAGAGGACGCCCCCCGCCUACCUCCCUCCCUGUGUCUCUCUCCUUCCCUCCUCCCUCCUCCAGUCUCUCCCUCCCUUCUUUCCUCCUCCUCCUCCCCUUCGUCCCUCCUCCCCUCUCUCUGUCUCUCUCCUUCCCUUCUUCCCUCCGUCCCUCCCUCCCUCCCUCCCCUCCCCAAGACAUCCCCUCACGACCGGGCGGCUGCCACCUUUCCCCAGCCCGAGCUGCAGAUGUGGCGGAGCGGCGGGGCGCCGGGCGGCCGUGCCAGGGGAGCCAGCAGCGCCUUCUGAGCCCCGCGGCCGCCUCGUCCCCCGAGCCGCCAUCCCCUCCCCCUUCCCCUAGCUCCCCUUCCCGACCGCAGGAGCCCGCAGCUCAGGAAGAGAGGACCCAAGCCCGGCUCUUCGCCGCCGCCCGCGGUCCCUCCAGCUAGAGGUUCCUGCCCCACUCCCACCCCUUCCCUCUCUGCUGCAGCCACACCAGCUCCUGGUUGGCACCAUGCAUUCUUUGGACGAGCCGCUGGACCUGAAGCUGAGCAUCACCAAGCUUCGAGCAGCGCGAGAAAAACAAGAGUGGGCUUUGGGUGCUGUCCGCCAUCGGGCCCUGCACCGGGAACUAGGCUUGGUAGAUGAUGGCCCUGCACCUGCGUCCCCUGGAUCCCCUCCUUCAGUCUUGGGCCCCCCUGAUUUCCUCCCCUCCCACUCAGGAUUCUUGCUGAACCCCAAGUAUCCUGAGAAGGGGGAUGGCCGUUUUUCAGCAGCACCACUAGUGGACCUAAGCCUGUCUCCCCCAUCAGGACUGGACUCCCCCAGCGGCAGCACUUCCCUGUCUCCUGAGCGCCAGGGCAAUGGAGAUCUGCCACCAACUCCUGCUGCCCAUGAUUUCCAGUCUCUUCGUUACAUUGAUGGCGUUCCCAGUUCCUUCCAGUUCUUCUUGCCGCUGAGCUCAGGGGGUGCGCUGCAUCUGCCCUCCUCUUCCUUUCUUACCCCACCGAAGGAGAAGUGCCUCUCUCCAGAUGUGCCCCUACAAAAGCAACUUGUCUGUCGCUGGGCCAAGUGUAACCAGCUCUUUGACCUGCUGCAAGACCUAGUGGACCACGUCAAUGAUUUCCACGUCAAACCUGAGAAGGAGGCUGGCUACUGUUGCCACUGGGAGGGCUGUGCCCGCCAUGGCCGGGGCUUCAAUGCUAGGUACAAGAUGCUGAUUCACAUCCGGACUCACACCAAUGAGAAGCCACAUCGCUGUCCCACCUGCAACAAGAGCUUUUCUCGCCUAGAGAACCUUAAGAUUCACAACCGAUCUCAUACAGGGGAAAAACCGUAUAUCUGCCCUUAUGAGGGUUGCAACAAGCGUUACUCCAAUUCAAGUGACCGCUUCAAGCACACACGCACCCACUACGUGGACAAGCCCUACUACUGCAAGAUGCCCGGCUGCCACAAGCGCUACACAGACCCCAGCUCCCUUCGCAAACACAUUAAGGCCCAUGGCCACUUCGUCUCCCACGAGCAGCAAGAGCUGCUCAAGCUUCGUCCACCUCCUAAGCCCCAGCUGCCCACCCCAGACAGCCCCUAUGUCAGUGGGGCACAGAUCAUCAUCCCCAACCCUGCUGCGCUUUUUGGGGGCCCAGGCCUACCUGGUCUGCCUGCCUCCUUGCCCCUUCCCUUGGCGCCUGCCCCUCUUGAUCUCAGUACCCUGGCCUGCGGUGGAGGCAGUGGAGUAGGACCUGGUCUUCCAGGCCCUGUACUCCCCCUCAACUUGGCUAAAAACCCACUCCUGCCCUCACCCUUUGGGGCUGGUGGGCUGAGCCUGCCCGUUGUUUCUCUCCUUGCUGGCUCUGCAGGGGGCAAGGCUGAGGGUGAAAAGGGGCGAGGCGUGGUAGGUGCCAAGGCUCUGGGCACCGAAGGUCGAAAGAUUGCUGGGGAGAGGACUGAGGGUGGCCGUGCUCGGUCUGGUCCAGAUGGACUUUCCCUGCUGCCAGGCACUGUGCUGGACCUAUCCACUGGGGUGAACUCAGCAGCUAGUCCCGAGGCACUGCCUCCUGGCUGGGUGGUCAUCCCACCAGGCUCUGUGCUACUCAAGCCAGCUGUGGUGAACUGACGUCUUGAGGCCAUCCUCAGCCAGGGAGAGGGAAAAGGACUGGACAGACUCCCCUCCUCAUCUAAUCAUGACGAACAGAAAUUCUUCUGAGAAAUAGCAAUAAUGUCCUCCCUCAGGGCUUGGCCAUCCUCUGGUCCAGUCCCAGUGAGGUGGGCAGGAGGUAACCAGAACAUAUGGGGAAGAGGUAGGCCUUGGCCUGGGGCUGGCUUCAUGCCUGUGUGUAGAGAUAAAACCCAUGUGGACAAAAACAGGUCACUCUAGGGUCUCUUAGCUCCAGGACCUCUGGAACGAUGGCAUGGGAGGAAAAAGGUGAAUCCCGUCAGAUAAGCAAAUUAAAUUUUGGCCCAUAGAGUGAGCACCUUGGAUCCCAUUGACCUCCCUCCCAGUCUAGCUCCUCUGCCCUCAACAAAGGGCCUGGUCCCAACUCUCUUUAGAGAGGUAAUACCAAUAUCCAGUCCCUUUUCCCAUGCCGCACCAAAUUUAUUAUGCUCUUGCCUCCUUGGUUUCCCUUUUGGAAUGCUGCUCCAGGUCUUCCCUCCCACAUUUAUCUGGUGCCAACUGACCAUUGUCACAAGGCUCCACCAUCACUUUCUCCUACCAGCCAGAUAUGAUAGCUUCAUAUCCUGAAUGUGAAGGAGCUGGGUCAAAAGAAUAGCAUACCACACUCAGCAGUGGAAGCCUCAUUCCUGACAUUUUAACUCCAUGGCUGCCAAGAACUACACAGGCCAGGAGAAUCGCAAUGGUCUCCAGCAAACAUUUCCUUCCUCCUCUUCAAAGCUGGCCUUGGCCCAGUUUUGGGAAACUCUACAGACCCCUCUCCUUCUGACCCACUUCUUAGAGGGAGAGCAAGACAGACACAGACCUUGGCAGUGCCAUGAAGAGAACAGGUCCUUUUCCUUGUUCCCCUUCCCCUCCCUGCUGACUGACAAAGUAUCUCCCACCCUAGGGUGGGAGGGCUGCUCCGUCCUGCCCCUCUCCUAAAACAGUGUACCCAACUCAAAUACCAAGACAGAUCCUUUUUUUCCUGGCUGGACAGAAAACCCAACUGUAGGGUAAGAGAGUAGCUCUCAGGGCCAGGGUGUUCACAUAUAGAUGGUAAAUGUGGAGAUAGCCAUGCAAAUUCCUGACUUUGCCUCUCUCAAACCCCUUUUCUUUUGAGGUUAAGAGCUCAACUAUGGUUCCUCAGGGUUACCACAGUGACGUGCUCACAGAAAAAAGAGGAAUGGAGAAAUCUGACCUAAAAUGAGAUGGUUUUCAGACUAGCCAUGGUGCUCAGUUGCCAAGAUACAUAGUUCCUUGCUGCCACCAUUUUGUGCAAUACCUCCGCUUGGGAAAAGGAUGGGCUGAGAACAUUAAGGUUGCCAUGCUGCCUGUAGCAUUCUAUCCCUUUCCAUUGGGCAUUUAUUUCCUACACGCCCCACUAAGCCCACAGGCUUAGUAUAGGGAUGCCAAGGAGAAUUCAGUUCUACUCUAGUUCAGUGUACGAUGGGGCCAGUGAAGAUGACAAGGGCAUUAUUGUCUGAACAAGAGCCAGGAAUUCUGGCCAAUUCUCACAUUGCAGAAUUAGAAUGGAAGAUAGCAGAACCAGCAAGGAGAUGAGGCUACAGUAGGCAGGCAGCCAGAGGUGGGGUAGUGUGUAUGCUGCAUUGCAGGACCACAAAGUAAGGAGAUUCCACCUGAAGGGUCUGCCCAUGCCUUCAGCCACUGAUAUUUUGGUGUGAAAUGGGGCCAGUUUGUUAGAACAGAUUUUAGUAGAUAACUGGUUUGAUUCACCUGGCUGAAACUUUGAAUUUUAGGGAUUGUGGUCUCAAAUUUGCUUGCAUGGGAAAAGGUUAACCAUUUGUGAUCAUGGGGCAUUUAGCUGGGAGACAGUAGAAUAUGAAUUUUAGGCUGUACCUUAGGAAACCUACAUUCUGGUCUCAUUGUUUCCACUAACUGGGGUCAGCCCAAGCAAUUUUCUCUCUUCCCUCUCCCCAUCUGCUUAACCCCCUUGGCUUUGUAAAACUUGGAAGAUCUAUAGCCGGAGAAAAAGGUUCAUUGCAUGUGAUGUCAUUUUCUCCCCCAACAAAGACUGGGGAGCCUUUUGAUUGGCCACCUUGGUUGCUACCCUCCUCUUUGAUGAUGGCUGGAAUUGCCUGACCUUUUCCAUAAGUACUGUAAGCUCAAUCUAGACUCUACAGAGCCAGAGAAGGCCUGGCCUGUACUGCAGGCAUAAAUAAGCUAAAGAAACCCUUUAGAUGAAGGGGCACCUCAGCAGGCUGGUGAGGUCCUGAGUGAGGGUCCACUCCUCUAGUUACCUUCCUUUGUUUCUCUGCCCUCCCCCGUAUCCCAGCUAUGAGACAAUAGGACGGCUCUCUCAAGAGAGAAUAGUAUUGGCUUGCUCCUUCCCCAAGGGGGACACUUUUACCUCUUGCCUCUCAUUGAGGUAGCCUGGUGUCACAGAAAGAGCACUGGACUGGGAGUCAGGAGAUCCAUAUACAAGUCCCUGCUCUGCCACUGACUUACUAAGUUUUGUCACAUAAACUCGCUGUGACUUUAGGCAAGUCACACUUUCGUCUGGGCCUCAGCUUCCCCGUCUAUAAAACGAAGGGGUUGUACUAAAUGUACUCAAAUCCCUUCCAGUUCUGGCUCAGUGCUACCAUUUCUCCCUGACUGCCCUUCUGUUCCAGAGGGGUCACUCUGCCCUGGCCCUCACCUCUGCUGGGCUUUCAAACCCCAGACUGUGAUUAGGUUACAGCAGCUGGGGCUUUCCUCUGAAUAAACAGGGGACACAAGUAUAGGAGGGGGGAGCUGGUAUCCCCCCUUCUGUCCUCUGCUAGGAACCAGACACUCCACCCCUACCCCGCCCACCUAAGGGCCUCAGGCCUUAAAGAACUGGCUGGCUCAGUGUUCGGGCCCAGUUACCCCUAGAGUGGGGGGUUUGCCCUUCCUGACUAGCAGGAGUGACCAUCAGGGAUGGGGGCGGGGUGGUUUGAGAUUCAAGCCCAUGGAGAAUAGCAACAUGGCACUCAAAGAGUUAACAUUAGCUCAGCAUGUGAUUUGGUGAUAGACUAGGCUUUAAAGGGCCGGUGUACUUUUUUUGUUGUCAUUGUUGGUUUGUUGUUGCACAUUCCAAGAUAUCAGUAUUUUAACAGUUUCUAAGUGCCUUUCUAUUGUAGCUUACGUUUUUUCCUCCUCUUGGCUCCAUUGCUGUUAGCAUAGAGUUUUAAAAAAAAAGAGAGAUAAGCUAAUGACUAUAACAAUAUAUUCCUCCAUGUGAGAGGAAGUUUAUAAAGAAACAAUAAAAGUGAGUUGCAAAGA